GCCGGCCGCCGUGUAGGGCGCGCACAUGGAGCGUGCUCUCCGCUCGCCGCCGCUGCCGCCGCCGCUGCCGCUGCUGCCGCUGCUGCUGACGCCGCUGCUGACGCUCUUGCCGCUCCCCCUGGCUGCUGAAGGUAGCCAGGAGCCCUGUCCAGAGCUGGUGCUGCCCGGCAAGCAGGUGGGAAUACUACUGCUCGUUAACCAGAGUCUGAACGUGGCCGACAAGUGCGAGGAGUUCAAAUGUCAACGGAACCCGGACACGCGUCGACUGGAGGUGGUUAAACUUAGCUGCGGAACCUUUCUGACAAUACCAUUGCCUGGGAACUGUCGACCAAACAAACGGCUGCCGUUUCCGGACUGCUGUCUGCGUCCAAAAUGCUCCCGAAAGCGUCGGCCGAGGCCCAGCAGGCCGCAAGCCACGCCCGCACCGCCGAAACGGACGCGACCGACAGCCAGGACAACCAACAGGCCAGCGAUCGUACCGACGCCGGGGGCAACCCCGCUGCCGACUCCGUCGAGUGCAGCUCGCCAGGGUGGCGCAGGAUCCGGAGCAGCACAUCAAGGGCGGCAGGGAGACAAUGGAGAGACGCAAGACAGCGUGCCUAACAAGCCAGCCGGAAGGCAGAACGGCCACGGCUUGCUAUCUCCUUUUAUUAGUCCGGCGAAGACCGUGCUGCAUUCGAAUCGCACCUGGAAUACGGAGCCUAAGCCAUUUGACGGCCCGAUAAACAGCAUCAUCUUCAGAGGCGCCGGUCUCCCAGUCGCCAACGCCACAAAGGUUCGCUGGUUUUCUGUGGCCACCGGCGGCCCUUGGUCAGGAGAGCCCCAUCCCACAGCCCAGCCGAAGCCUCGCCGCACAGCACGCCGGUCAUUCGCAGUGCAGCUGCCGACCAGAGGACGCUCGCCGUCGUCGGCGGCGGGGAGCGGCCGACCCCGACCGCUGAUAGGCGGGCGCCCCGUCAGCUCGUGGCUGCUCCACGUCCCGCUCACCCGCGACCAGCCCUAGAGCUGCAGCGAAGCCGCUGGCUGACCUGGCCGGCUGCUGUGGCGGCGGGUGUGGCGCCGGGGCAUCGCCAGAGGUGUCAGCGUUGAUAGUGAGGAACCACGGAAGAGACGGAAUUUCGUGAAUAUGCCCGCCCUUGAUUUGUGCGGCCAGCUGCAGGAAAUGCAUCAGCUGGGCUCACCAAAAUCUGGUCCAAAUAUAUGCAGGGAAUGGGAAAAA